UCUUUCAAAAUAAAGCUUUAAAUAUAGAAUGCACCAUCAUUUCUAGCAACAAAAUUUCUAUCCAUGAGUUAAAAUCUUAUCAAACGCAAAAGUAGUGUUUGUUUAUUUGUAGUCCAGGAUUUAAUAAAGCAUGGGAAACACUUUCCUACAUAGAACUGAAUAGAUUUAGGAUUGUUAGGAAUGGGGAGGAGGUUGUAGGGGGUUGCUAAGGUGUCAAACAUUAACAAGAAGGUCCCAUCGUAUCACCUCCUCCAGUUCCUGAGCAGUUCCUCAUUAGCAUCGGUAUUGUGCUUCAGAACUGAGGUGACAAAGCAACUUGCUUCUGGUCUCAACGGUUUUGAAUCGACUUGAAAUCCCCUUUGUGUUGGCCAAAUGCCUCUAUAGCACCACCCCUCCACCUCCACCCUUCUCCUGCCUAGCCCACUCUAUGGUCAUCCACAAAGGCUACCAACCCAUCACCCUGAAUGUUUCGACAUUUAGACUUAAUAAUCUAUAUGCCUUUUUCAGACUUAACCAAAAGGCUGGAAGGCUUUUGACUGGCAAAUUGGCCCCUGCACAAUAUAAAUAAGAAUUAUUAUCAUUGUGUGAUUAAAAAAUAGAAUUAUCAUUAUUAUCAGAAGAGGACUUUGGCAACACGGUGGCAGCAUGAUAAUGUAAAAAUAUGGUAAACUCAGCAAUGAGUACUGCUGACACACAAUAACAUUUGGGUUCAUGGCAAAUUAGAAAUACCAAGAGCUAAGACAAACAGACAGGUUUUCAAUUUAGCAUUAAUGCAUUUUUCAGAGAAUUCGAUGCAUUUUAUACUUUGAUUACACAUGCUGACAUAAUAUGGUAUACAAAGUGUGACCCCAUUCUUAACACAGGAUUAAAUAAAGGAAAUCUGAUACUGGCUAUAAAGGUUGGUUAAUACUCCUGCAUUGGAUUGACACAGAGCCUACAGUGUAGCCUACACAAGUGGCCUGGACCAUGUUUAUACUCACUGUUUACGGAUGUCUGCGUUGCUCUGAAAUUACACUGCCAAAACGCUAGUUGGAGCUACUAAAUGUUGAACAGCACUUUAACUGAAAUUACUGCCAACCCAUGUUAAACACCAUUCAAAACUUGAAGAGGAUAUGUCUUGGUAAUGUGGAUGACAUUUUUUUUGACCCACUUUGGAACUCUUUAAAACAACAAAAUAACAUCAGUUUCAGACAGGAGAGACAUACCCUCCUGUUCUCUGGGGGGAAAAAGCAGACUGUAUAUUUCCAAGUAUGUGUAUUAAAUAAUUGAGUUCAUAUUACUAUUGAGGUCCACUGCUGUGACUUCUAACUUUAUAGGCCGGGACCAUACUGUAUAUUUCAUGCCACUAAAACUCUUUUUAUGAGUGAGGAGCAAAAAGAGAUAGAGACAAAGAGUGAAAACAAAGAUGUGGGCGUGUCUAUAGUCGCCACCCCGCCCAUUCAUUUCCCGUCCAGCCAAUCACCUCGUGGAUAUGCAAAUAAUCUCGCAACACCGCAUCGUCCAUGCCCAGUCGGUGACGUCACCCGCACAUCUCUCUGUCUGGCUCUGCAAAGACUCAGACAGAAGCAACAGAGGACGUGAGGGAAGCCUGGUGGGGAGGGGCCCUUUGUCAGGAAGGAAUAAUAUUGCUAUCGCCUCCGCCGGCUCUGGAGUAAACACGCUAUUUCUUCGCUGUCUUUCCGUGUAACAGCACAGUGUGAGUCGGCUCGGAUCGGGACAACCAGUUCUUUCGGGAGAACAAAGGUGGUGGAUAUUAUUUUGUACCUCCUUGCACUGUUUUUUCUUCCGUCAGCCGCACUGAUUUAUUUGCUCUGACGAGUUGUCUCUGAAAACCGGGUCCGGUGCCUUUCCCCCCUCCCCUGUCCUUUCUGUCUUCCCCGACCACUGCUCCUCCUUCCUUUUGCCUUUUUUUCCAAUCGCUGCGAAGUCGCUAAGAUGCCCAGCUCGCUCUUCGCUGACAGCGGCGUCCAGGGAGAUGCACUGGACGACCAGAGAGCCCUACAGAUCGCGCUGGAUCAGCUCUCCUUGCUCGGCUUGGACAAUGACGAAAACCCCCUGUACGACAACAACCAGGAGCCUCGGAAAAAGAGCGUUAACAUGACUGAAUGCGUCCCGGUUCCCAGCUCCGAGCAUGUGGCUGAGAUUGUGGGCAGACAAGGUUGCAAGAUCAAAGCCCUGCGAGCGAAAACCAACACCUACAUCAAGACCCCUGUUCGAGGCGAGGAGCCUGUUUUUGUGGUGACAGGAAGGAGGGAGGAUGUGGCUAUGGCCAGGAGGGAGAUCAUCUCUGCUGCUGAGCACUUCUCCAUGAUCCGAGCCUCAAGAAACAAAAAUACCAGCCUGAAUGGGAGCGGCACCCCAGUCCCUGGGCCACCUAACCUGCCUGGACAGACCACCAUCCAGGUGCGGGUGCCUUACCGAGUGGUCGGGUUGGUUGUAGGUCCUAAGGGUGCCACCAUCAAGCGCAUCCAGCAGCAGACCCACACCUACAUUGUGACACCCAGCCGAGACAAGGAGCCAGUGUUUGAGGUGACAGGGAUGCCAGAGAAUGUGGACCGAGCACGCGAAGAGAUCGAAGCUCACAUUGCCAUGAGGACUGGAGGUCUUAUUGAGCUCCAGGAUGAAAAUGACUUUCAUGCCAAUGGGACAGAUGUGGGUUUUGAUCUGCAUGGACAUGCCACCUUGUGGUCCAAGCCCAGUGCUGGGAUGACCCCCACCUCAGUGCGUAAACCCUUCUCCAACUACCGCAACGACUCAUCCUCCUCCUUGGGCAGUGCCUCCACAGACUCCUACUUUGGUAAUAACAGCUCACGCAUGGCAGACUACAGCCCUCCCAGCCCUGCACUCAGCUACACCACCACCAACAACAAUGGUAACAACAAUAACAACAACAUCAAUGUCAACACCAAUGGCAAUGGCUUUGUUUAUGGAAGUGAGGUGAUCUCGCCUGACUGCACCGAUCUGACUUUUGAAUCCUCACCAGGGUUUGACCAUACACAAGCCCCACCAGGCCUUCUGUGGUCCCAGUAUGAUAGUCGCAUGACCCCCUCUUCCACUGGAGGCACAUCCCCCACCUCCACCUCAACCAUGUUCCCCAACAACACCUCCACUAAUGCCAAUGGGAUUGUGGUGAAUCAGAGAAGGAUUAAUGGAUGCACACCACAGCCCAGACUGUCACCUCCACUCCACAGCCACACUGGAGGCCCCGCUGAGCACCCGCUAGCCCGGAGGGUGCGCAGUGACCCAGGUGGAGGCCCUCUCAGUUUCCAAGGUUACUCCAGUACCAUUGCCUCCUUGCCGGGCCCUCACCUACCUGGGGUUCCAUGUGACUCCUCCGCUUCAUCAUCAUCCUCCUCUUCCUCCUCCUCCACCUCCUCCGGCACCAGCCGAAAAGGCAGUCGCGACUGUUCAGUGUGUUUUGAGAGUGAGGUCAUCGCAGCUCUGGUCCCCUGUGGGCACAACCUCUUCUGCAUGGAAUGCGCCAAUCGUAUCUGUGAGAGGAGCGAGCCCAAAUGCCCCGUCUGCCACACCGGCGUCACUCAGGCUAUACGUAUAUUUUCAUAAGAACUGUAACUCUUAAACUGUCUUGUCAGUAAGGCUGGCUACAGUUGCAACAACAGAUUCUUCAUACUGCUUUAACAGGAUUACCCAAUUAUCAUUUGGAAAGUGUACAUAGAUAUACAUAUGUAUGUAAGAGGCUGCAGUAUCCAACACAAAGGACAGACACUCUUUUUGGGCUCCCAUAUAGUUGUUAAUAAUACACUGUAGCUUGGGGAAAUAUUUUCAACAUCUAGGUGCAUGUUUUAAAUAUUGCAGCAUAGUAAUCUAUAGUUCUAGUCAAUUGUUCAUUAUAUUUAUGAUGUGAAGAGAUACAGUGGGAUCAGGACAGAAAUAUGGGUCAAACUGUAGACUGUUAGUUGCCUGAGCCUUCCAGUUUUGCCAAUUGAAUGUAGUGAGGGGGGGGCAUGGCUGGGAAAUAUGGAGGGCUUCCAGGCAAGCAGGACUAUUGACUUCCAAAGAUACUGCAGCUUGAGGUCAGAAACCUUGUGAGGGAGAGCAACAACAUAUCCUACAUAUAUAUGUAUAGAAGAAAUUUCCACAAGUUGAAAGUUUUAAAUGACAUUAAUACAGAUUGAAGUAUUUUAUUCUUUUUUGACUUGAAAGAUUAUAUUUCUUAUUGCAAAGAUGUUUACAGAUAUUUUAAUUUAAGUUCAGUGAACUUUUUGUAGCUGGGUUGAAAUAUUGUUUAUUUUUUAGUAUGGCCUUAUGGCAUUGAUCACUGUAUUAUUUUAAUAUCACACGACUGUGGGAGGAAAUCCAAGUCCACAAAAUGUGUAUUGCAUUUGACAGUAUUCUGUUGGGAUGGAGUUUUUAUAGGUUCAGCAAAAAAUGUCUUUUAGAUCAGCUUCACCCAGCAUAUUUUUUAUUCAGUAAUAUAAAGCAUAUUUUAUUCUAUAUUAUUAUGAAACAUUGAAAUGUAUAAAACUUAUCUUAGUAAGUUGAACACAAAGAAACCGUUUAUGCUUUCUAAAAUUUGUAUGAAUUAGAUUCCGGUGGGAAUUACAGGCUUCUGUUGCACCACUAUAGUUUUAGUAUUUCUAUUUUAAUACAUUUGUUUACCACUUGUUUAUGUAUAUGUAGGUGAAGUUACUUGAGCAUAAAUGUACUUUAUUGAGCAAAGUUUAAGAUCAAAGUAUAUUUUAUUUUAUGAUAAAGGGCCUUUACCCUCAUGGUCAAAUACUAAUAUUAUAUUUGCUGAGAUAAGAUUUGAAAAUGUAUCAAGAGUUUUAUUUUUCUGACAUUUAAGGUUAUACAUGAUAAAAAGUAAAACUUAAGUAAUGGUGCUACUUCAUGUUUUUUUUAAGUAUUUCUAUAUAAGUCCAAUAAAAAAAUGGUACAUUCA